UAUAAUUUUGAUAUAAAAAUAAUUAGUUAGUUAAGUUAAUGGUUAUGAAAGAUUUUUAAUUUAUAUAACAGUGCCCAUGACAAAAAGCUUGUUUUGGCGCCAUGAUGAAUCAUGGAGUUAAUUAACAUACGAAAGCCUCAAGGACGCUACUGGUGGUGGAUGCUGUAGUAAAUAGUAUGGUCAGUCAUGGUUCUUGGAACAUAACAUUCUAUCAUGGAACCUCCAAAUGCCAAACGGAGAAAGAGAAAACAGGCUAAAUCUAGAGAGAGUUUUUCUUGGAAAAAACCAUUUGUCACAUCCACACCUGGCUUAUCAAGAAUCUUCCAGUUGUUUCCUCCUCAACAGUUCAGUGAAGAGUUGGCAAAGGAAAAAAGUAUUGAAGUUUCAAGCACCAGCGACUACAGCUCUUGCUCAAGUGUAUCGGAACCAAGUCGAGAAAAUCCUGUUGGUUUAACUCCAGACUCUGUUUGGAGUGAUAGGGAUUGGCUUAGUGAUGUUGAAGUAGAUUUUGAUUCGGAUUCAGAUAGUGAUUUGGCACAUUUGUGUGAAGGAGAGGAAGAAAUGAGACGGGACACACGAAGAACACGAACUUUGCGUCAUAAGAAUGUUACUGUUGUUAUACCAGAACAUAAUUUAUGUGGCUACAACCGUGAUGAAUUUUACCUUGAAUUCAUUAAUGAUGUUUCUUUUGUCCCACAUACAGAUUGUCGUACCUUUCAUAUUAGUGAAAUUGUGUCUGUAGAGCCUCAUGGAGCAAGAUUUUCUGCUGAAAAUCCAGCACUAAUAUAUCUACCUGUAACAGAAAAAAUAUGUAAUGAAGAUAGGAUAUUCUGUUUGUGUAGUAACACCCCACGAGAAACUACUCCAGUUUGGGAGCACAUCCCACAGGAAAAUUUCACAUAUAAGGGUAGAAGGGUUCUGAUCAAAGCAAAUCAUUUCAGUCUCUUCACAGUUGUUGUUGAAAGGCCUUUUCCUGAAGUCCAUUCACAGGUCACAAGCUCUGGCAAAACACUGAGAAUCCCAGAAGUUCCUGGGAUUGAAGUGGAUUUUCCAGCUGGCAUCUUGGUGGAGGAUAUUACAGCUUAUGUACGUGUCCUUUAUGAUGCUGAACCAGCAAGUGCAGGGAUUGAGCAUGGUACAAUGGGCAUGCAAGCUCUUGCAUCAUCUGUGAUUAUGGUUGGUCCCCACGGUUGUCAGUUCAACCCUGGGUUCCAUCCAGUGACUGUUCGGCUACCAAUUCCUCAUUACCUUGAGAUCACUAGACUCUUUGGUCAAAAGGCUCGUCUGUCAGUUUGGCAGAGUUCAUCAGCAGAAAAUGAACCAGUGGUGUGGGAGAGACUGGAUGUUGCUAUUACGGUUGAAAUGGACAACAUGGGUCUUUGCAGCCUAUGUUUUCCGGUAAGUCAUUUCAGCUUUUUCAAGGUCUUGUGGGAUAUUCUUAGUUCCUCACUCUAUGAGGCCAAACUUGGAGUUGCAUAUUUUUACCCUUUUAUUUCCUUUUCCAUGAUGUGUCAUGCAUGGAUGGAAGAAAACAAGGACACUCGUAGGUUUGGACUUGAAGUCAUUUGUUACCGUAGUGACAAGAAAUUACCAGAUACAACAAACUAUAAAUAUAAAGUUGGAAGCAGCUUGAAACCAAAGCUAAUUCGGCCAGGUGGUAUAAUUGUGAAGCUUAAGUCAGAACUGUUUGAAGCAGAUCUUGAUGCUGGGGAAGAUAAGUCUCUUUUUAAGCUGGAACCAGAUUUCCGUGGGCGUGAGUUUGAGAAACAGUUUGCUUGCAGGUUCAAGCAAGAAAAGCCAGUCAUAGAAAGAGGAAUAUUUGGAAAAGUUGUUGUUGAGCGGAAACUGAAUGUAGGAGAGAAUGAGCCAAUAUUUGAGUUUAAUUUAUAUAAGAGUGGUUGUGAAACUGAACCUACUGCUUAUGAAUCUUCAGACCGCUGGUCAAUUGUAGCUAUCAAAGAAUUGGCAGGUACGCUACAUAUCAUGGAAGAUAACAAUUGGAAAAAGUUUGCCCGUCACAUUGGCUUCACCAAGAAUGAGAUCCACAGAAAAUUGAUGUACUCACCUGAUCCUUUUCUGACAAUGGUGAACCUCUACCAGUCUCGAGGAGGUACCCCAGAAGAAUUUGUGCAAGCUCUUUAUCAAGUUAGUCGUCAGUUAAACAUUCAAGGAGCAGACGAAAGUAGUGGGAAGAGUUCUCCUGGUAGUGCUAGCAGCAGUGGACAAUCAUCAACCCGUCGCAGGUGGAACCCUUUCUCAUUCAGUACUCCAACAAAAUGGAGGAGUAAAACUCAAGGUGACUCUGAUGCUAGCACAUCAGCUACUGAAACUAGUAUCGGUUCUCGUAAACGCUCCAAUCCCAGUGGCUCCAAAGAGGCAAGACCUGCCAAAAAGAAACGGAGAUUUUCAGAUGUGUCGGAAACAAUGAGUAGUUCUGAAGAAUCUUGUGAAGACAUGGGAACCAGCACAAAAAAAUUAGAAGAUACAGAUAUGUGGGAAAUCUCUGCCCUGAUGAACACAGUUAGUUGGCGAGCUCUGGGUCGCACACUUGGACUAGAAGAGAGUGUCCUUCUCAAUAUUGAGCAUACCCAUAAAACCAGCGGAUUUCGAGAAUGUGCUUAUCAGAUGUUGUUGGAGUGGAAAGGCCGAAAACCCCAGAAGUGUACCUUUGGAACUCUUCACACAGCACUUUGUAAAGAGAACAUGAACAACGUAGCCAAGGAGUUGGGUAUUAUGAAACUUGGAGACAGAGAUUAAAGUAACACAGUUGUGAUAAACAUGAACAGAAAUUUAAUUCCUCUUGGACAAAGUUGUUUAGCUUAGUUUAACAUGGAAUUGAAAUUGCUGUAGUAUAACUACAAGGUCUUUAGAAAGCAGUGCAUAUAUAUAUAUAUAUAUAUAUUAAGAAGUGGUUAAAACUGCUGAAAAGGAAAGUUCAACAUGCCAACAUCUUGGCCAAAUAUACUGUAAUAGUCCAGAUAGUUGGUUUGACUGUAACAUUAGCUAAAUUUUUUUAUUGUUUCCUAGCAUCAUUUUUAACCAUUUCAUGUUAUCUUCAGAUUUGAUUAUGCUAUAGCUGUUUUUCUAUUAUACUUACUGUUACAUACUUGUUAUAUUUGGUUUUAUAUGCUUAAGAAAAUAAGUUUCGUUGCAAAAUACUUAAUUUCAUCAAAAAGACAAGUUUUAAAAAAAGUUGCCAAUUUUAUAUCUGUGCUGUUAUUUUGAGUAUUUUAAAUUUCACUAGUAUUAUUCUGUGUAAAGAAGAAAUGUCAGAAAUGCAAGUAAUGUGCAAAUCUAACUACGACCCAGUACUUCAUAAAACUUUGCCUUUGGAUUGUAAAUUUCUGUACAGUUAUAGGUGUACUCAUUAAGAUAGUAUGAAACAUGGACACUGAUGGCUAGAGCAUUAAAGUAGAUAUUCUUGGUUCAUCAUAAUAUAAAAAACUGACAUACAUAUGGCAAUUAAAUAUUUCAAUCCUAUAACUUUGAGCUAAACUUGUGUAUGAAAGAAACUAAUCCCUUUCAUAUCUAUGUCAAGGUUCUCUGUAUUAUCAACCUUAUGUUAUUUUGUUUAAUUUUACAUUUUUUAACUUUGUUAUAAUCUGAUCUCAUUACUGUACAAUCAAGUUUUUAGCACAUCUAAGAACUCCAACCAGUAACUAGAUGCAUUUUGGAGAAAUAAGGUAGUCUAGUUCAAGGUUACAUUUUCAUGUUGAAUUUGUCGCAUCACUUUAGUAAUAGUAAAAACAAAAUAUGUAUAGAAAAUUAAAAAUUGUUCAUAUGCUUAUAAACAUACCAAGGAAAGGAUCAUAAGUGUUAAAAUAAAUGAAUAAACUAGGCAAUCUUGUAUUGUAGUGACUGUGUACUAAAGUGUAUUAUAAGUGUACAGAAGUAGUAAAGAUUUACUAAAGUAAAUUAAUCAAACUUUGUUGUGUGUAAAUGCCACUCUUGGUGAAUUACACAGCUUUUUGUUUUACAAUUUGUUAGCCUUUCAGUGAAGGAAAAUAGUAUGAAUUUUUGUUUUUUUAAAUACU